UCGGAAUGUCUCGCACAAACUGUUGCAUCGUAAAUUGUAGCAACAGAUACAAGAAGUGCCCGCCAGGAACCAAGUUUUUUCGGUUUUCGACGCGACCGUGCUUCCAAGAUCAAAGAGAACGGUGGAUUCGGAGCGUACGUCGUGUCAAUGGCGAUGGAACUGAGUGGCAACCAUCCGUGUGGUCAAAGAUAUGCAGCACUCACUUUGUUGGCGGUAAACCGUCGACAGACCCUUCUUCUCCGUCCUACGCCCCGACCAUCUUUCCGUCGUCGUACCGCAACGUGAGCACGAUUGUCCAGGACAAAAGCAACCGCUACAAUAGCUGGAGAAAGCGGGCAUACACUCCUGUACGUUCGACGAAUACAGAUGAAGCAGAUGGAGCUGAUGAUGCCAUUUUGACAAAUGCAGAUGGAAGUGAUGACGCCAUGUGCUACAGUGACACACCAGAUGAGGCUCCAUGCAAUGAAACGUUGGUGUCAUCUUUUCUGAGUGAAGCAGAUGCUGGCCAGAUGCAUGAGGUUGCUACACAAACAGACGAAAGUUGUGGCAACACAACUGGUAUUUUCCUCAGUUGUGUACUUAUCGCGACUGUUUCUGAGGCAUCUAUACAAUGCAGCUCGUUCCUGAUGUCCCCAAAAGAGACAUGUGAAAAAGGCAUUGGAACCGUAAAUGCAGAUCAGUUUCAGCCCAGAGGCUUCCGUGGCUACGACUCCGUGACAUCUGAAAGCGACCAUGCUGAAGUCCUAAAGGACCUGACAGGAGUGUCUCCUACCUGCUUCGCAGUUCUGCUGGGGUUGUUGACACAGGUGAAGACUCUACGUGCAAUGGACAUCAGCCGUGAGAGUCGCCUUCUGCUUUUCUUAAUGAAGAUGAAACAUGCCCUGACAUUUGCUGCGCUGGGUGCCCUUUUCAGAGUACACCGCACGACAGCUUCCCGCACAUUCUAUGCCACUCUGGACACGUUGUAUUCGAAGACGCAAGGGUGGUUAAUAUGGUUUCCACGAGAGGUAGUGCAAGAGACGAUGCCCCAUUCUUUUCGGGAGAAGUACCCAACAUGCAGGGUAGUCAUAGAUUGUACAGAAGUGCCAAUUGAAAAGCCCCCUGAAUCAGUGAACAAGUUAAUUGCUGGAGCAGCUACAAGAGCAACUUCACAUUGAAAUUCCUAGUUUGUGUGACCCCUUGCGGCUUCAUAUCAUUUG